CUUCCAUUCGUUCAACUCCAGCAAACAACAUCAUUUCCUCCUCUUCGAUCUCUCCAUUCGCCCACAACUGAUUAAUUAGCAUCAACCUCGCUCCUCCGAAUCCGAUCACCUACAAGAAGCAACAAGCAGCAGCAGCUCAGAGAUCACAACAGGCAGCAUAUCUAUGGAGGUCUCGUCGUCUUCGGCGGAGGUGCCCCACUAUUUCCUCUGCCCGAUCUCCCUGGAGGUGAUGCGCGACCCGGUGACGCUCGCCACCGGCAUCACCUACGACCGCGCCAGCAUCGAGCGGUGGCUCUUCUCCGACGGCCACGCCACCUGCCCCGUCACGCGCCGCGCGCUCGCGCCCGAGGAGAUGGACGCCACGCCCAACCACACGCUCCGCCGCCUCAUCCAGGCCUGGUGCGCCGCGCACCAGGUCGAGCGCUUCCCCACGCCGCGCCCGCCGCUCGACUCCUGCCGCGUCGCCGCGCUCCUCGACGAGGGCCGCCACGGCAGGGAGGCCGCCGCGCUCAGGGAGAUCCGGGCCGUCGCCGCCGAGAGCGACCGCAACAGGCGCUGCGUCGAGGCCACGCCCGGCGCCCUCGACUUCCUCGUAUCCGUCGUCACCAAGCACUCCACGUCUAAGGCGCCGCGCCAGGAAGCAGCCGACGAGUUCUUGCUGGAUUCCCCGACGCCCACGAGCUCGCCCGCGGAGGACGCGCUCGCCGUUCUCUACUCACUCAAGCCAUCGGAGAGGAGCCUGGCGCACAUCCUGGGAAGGGAGCCCGACUUCUUGGACACCUUGACCUCCGUCCUGCGCCGGCCGAGCUAUCGGUCGCGCACCUACGGCAUCCUCCUGCUCAAGUCGUUGAUUGCGGCGAUGGAGCCGACGCGGCUCGCGACGGUGAGCGCCGACCUGGUGCAGGAAGUGGUGCGCGUGGUCUCGGACCGGGUGUCCUCCAAGGCGGUCAAGGCGGCGCUGCACGUGCUGUGCCGGCUGUGCCCGUGGGGCCGGAACCGCGUGAAGGCCGUCGAGGCCGGCGCGGUGGCGCCGCUGGUCGAGCUGCUCCUCGACGAGGGCGGCCGCCGCGUCACCGAGCUAGCCGUGGUGGCGAUCGACCACCUCUGCGGAUGCGCCGAGGGCCGGUCCGACCUGGUCGCGCACCCGGCGGGGCUGGCCGUCGUGUCCAAGAAGGCCAUGCGGGUGUCGCUGGCCGCCACCGAGAGCGCCGUGCGCGCGCUCCACGCCGUGGCGAGGCACUCGCCGACCCCGGCCGUGCUGCAGGAGAUGCUCGCCGUUGGAGUGGUAGCCAAGCUGAUGCUGGUGCUGCAGGUGGACGCCAGUGAGAAGGCCAGGCUCAGGGCAAAGGAGAUGCUCAAGGCGCACGCUAGGGUUUGGAAGCACUCGCCGUGCUUGCAGGCACACCUCAAGGCAUCUUACCCAUGAUGAUGUAUACAACAAAAUCAUGUACAUUUACAUUGAUUAUUUGUAGAUAAAAGGAGCACCCGUUUUGAUUCUCCUUUUAAGCUUGCCACUAAAUCAUUGUAGUUAUUAAGAUGUUCACAUUCUUUCAUGUUUCAAAAAGAACGUUAUGGCCUGAUCGAUGUAGUAGGGCCUAAGAAUUGUACAUUUGGAAUAAAUCAAGCUGUACAUUCUCAAUUCAUGUGGCAAUUGUGAUACCCAGUGUUAUA